AUGACCCCAGAAAAGAGCGACGCUGGCCAAGAACUUGCGAACCGCCAUGAGGCCGAAACAGGAGCAGAGGAAACAAGCAUCAAUCGUGCUCGCGAAGUUCGGCUUGGCUCCGCCACUGGUCAGACCAAGUGCUCGAUUUGCCAUAGUACUUUUCGAAGACCUGAGCAUCUGAAGCGUCACUUCCGAAGCCACACUAAGGAGAAACCUUUCGAAUGUGCGCAGUGUGGACGUCAUUUCUCAAGAACUUGCGGCCUCGGUAUCAGAGUGUUCACCAGUUCGAAAAAUAAUCGUAUUCCAAAACUGACUGCUGCCGCAAGUGACACGCUCCAUCGCCAUGAACUAAGUCAUCAUACCUUGGGACCCGAGGGGGGAAAGGAUCGUAUGCAUCGCAUUACCGUCAAGACGUUCAGAGCCUGUUACAAAUGCGCGGUAGCCAGAGUAAGGUGCAGUGGUGGUUCCCCAUGCGUGCGCUGUGAGAAUAGGUCUCUGGAAUGCCAGUAUCCGACGGAACGACGCUCCAAAGCCAAAACACGGAAGGAAGCGACCCAGAACCUGUCUUCUGAUGGAAACAGUACGAUUUAUAGACAGGCUACUCAGCAUGAGUCCCCCUCUUCAACAGCAGGUGCUGAUGUCCACGGAGCGGAUAUCAGAGAGCAAUCAAGAAAUGAGCCUCCGAGGUUUCAGAUUACCGAAUUUCAGCUGGAUCUCCCCGGCUCCCAUCGUCUGGAUACACCAUCGAAGGAUAUGCCUGCAGAGAGACCGCACGGGCCGCCUCGCGGAGAAGCGUCAGAGCAUCAGAAUGGUCCACCGGAAGACGAAACGGCUGAUUUGAACUCUCGAAUGCUCUUGUCGGAUGCGGAUGGUCCUACGCACGACGCACGUGUAUCGUUGCCUGAAUAUGCUGGCUUGAGCUCGCAGCAAUUGUACUCGCAAUUGCCAGCAGGUGGCGUUCAGACAUUUCCACAAGAAUCAGCCUCGCAACUUGACCAUCGGUCCAGAGACAUCCAGCAACCAGUAGCAGCCACAUCCAAUCUCAAUCUGGAAUUGGCGGGAGUUGGAGGCCAGCAAAUUCAGCUCGGGUUUGACCCACCAUUUUUAGAUCAAUCAAUGCUUUCUACCUUGAAUUGGUUGCCUAACGAUAUGUUCCCUGAUACAACUAGCGAUCAGUCUCUCUCGAGGAUGCCUCCGCUCUCUGAUCAGCUGGGUAUCUUGGACGAGCCGGUGAGCCGAACAGCAUGGCUACCUCCUGUCACCAACUUGCGGCAAAUGAGUCCCUCUAUGCGGGAAAAUCACUCACACACCCCUUCCGCGCACAUGUCUGUGGGCACAGAUGCGGGGAGUCCCGACCGAUUUUCUCGCAGCAUUGGGGAAAGUUCAUUACAUUCGGAGCCCUCAAACGCAACCAAGCGGUCGGGAGAUUUCUACGUGGACGGCGCUGGAGCUCGACUGCCAAAGUAUAGACGGAACAGAACUUCGUGGUCAAGGUCAUCUGCAGAACCUAUUGAAAUCCUGGCACCGAUGCAUCAACAUGAUACGCUACAUCAAUUCUCAUUCCCACUGAUUCAGGAGAUCAGGCCAGACUUCCUUCCGGGUGAGGAAGCGGCUUUUAAUUGUCGGAUCGAAGCUCCGACAUAUGAUAAAAUCUACCACUCAUUCCUUCAGUUGUGCCGCACAGACAACCCUCUCUAUCCCAAAUUCGAGACUGGUAACUUUCCGAGUGCCGAUGCUCUCUCAAGCUUUGUAUACCUUUACUUCGACUCAUUUCAGCCCGUGUAUCCCUUGUUCCAUCCCCCUACAUUCAACCCAAACAGCUGUCAUUGGCUCGUGACACUGGCUAUAUCAGCAGUCGGCUGUCGUUUCUCUGGUCUCACCCCUCUGGAUGAAUGCACUACGGCGUUUGAUGAAUUCCUUCGGCGGGCUACAAAAAUUGAGGAAGAGAAAUGUCGUUCAGAACGAACACCACUGUGGCUGAUUCAGGCUAUGACGCUCAGCUGCAUCGGAUUGCUACACAGUAGCGGUAAUGAGCAAAGCAAGGUGUCCACACUCAAUGCCUUCGGCGAUCUUGUCAAUUUCACCAUUCAAGAGAAACUGCUCUGCGCCGCAAGCAAGCCAACGGCUCAGUAUGGUGAUCUUCCGCUAGAACAAAAGUGGCAUGACUGGGUUGAAGAUGAAAUACGACGACGGACUGGGUAUCUGAUAUGGCUCCUUGAUUGUUCCCUCGCGUAUUACUUUGAUAACCGGCCAUUGCUGUCGUUGGACGACGGGCAGUGUCCAUUACCGUCUCAUGAGAAUCUCUGGAAAGCUCACUCGGCCGAAGCCUGGCGGGAUGCUCUCGAGAGAACUUCCGGUUUGCGAGAUAUCUCUCUUUACAACGCAGUGCUCACAAUCUAUAUCGAGAAGAAGCUCGUCCCAGAGAUCGGAGAAUUCAGCCACGUCCUACUCGUUCACGCUCUCUACCAUCGAAUGUGGGAGGUCGGUGACUAUUUUCGCCGUCCCUUAUCCUUUUGGAAUCCCACCGCAAAGAAGCAGUCCCUUGAUACCGCUAUCCCGUCGGGGUCUGUCUGGCUGCCAGGUAUCCCUUCGUACUCGAAAUGGCGCAACAGCGCGUGUGAUUGCUUGGAUAUUUUGCAUUGGACGGCGAACAGCACAAUCGCCAAAGCAGCGGGACUUGAGCAUCCUACUGUGCUACACCUCCAUGCUGCCCGAAUUGUCCUCCUCUCCCCAUACCGUGAAAUUCGUUCCCUGGCGACCUCAUUAGCAAUGGGCAAGAUUCGCUGGACCGAUCAUCAACAAGCCCUUGAGUGGCAUUACAUAUUACGGUGGAUCAAACACGACCAGUACAAGGCUCGUCUUGCGAUCAUACAUGCAGGCACAACCUUGUGGCACGUAAAACGGUAUUCGACGAACGCGUUCCACGAGCCGGUCGCUGUAUAUCUUUCAAUACUCACUCUAUGGGCGUAUGGCUCAUGUCAUGUCCAAAUAUCCGAAGAUCCCAACUCAAGAUAUGGACCACGGCAUCAUCCAGUCCGCGAACCAACAUUUAUCCACCUAGACCGGCCGUGUGAUGACGAGCUAGUCCAGCUCUUUGUCCGCGAGGGUCAUGUUAUGCAAGGAAACGUCACAGGCGUCGGGGACAUAUGUGCUCCUCAUGGUCCUGAGCGCAUCCUGAAGGUUGGCUGCGAGACACUUGCCGGGCUUACUUCAUGGGGAAUUAGCAAGAGAUUUAUUGCCAUCCUUACGAAGCUCGCGGAGCUGUCCUCGCAGCCACAAGCUCCUAGAAACUGA